UGAGUUGCUGGAAGUUGGCUUGGGUCAGAAUAUGGAGGAUGAGUGGCUAGUUGAAGAUUCUCAGCAGAAGCCUGUUUACAGGCAAACCCAUCGAGAAACCCAUGAAAGUCUGGUAGCACUGACAGGACCUCCAAGUUCCAAACCGAAUGAGAUUUUCCUGGUGGAAGAGGAAGAGGAACCCUGCAUCCUAGAGCCUGGGAACAGAGAGAACACAAGACGAGGCAAUAAAGCAGGUGAAGGAUUGGGCAGCGAAGAGGAGGAACUGAGUGAUGAGGAAGACGUGCAACAGCAGGGCCUUCCUCAGGUGGUGGAGCUGGAUACCAGCAUGGUUUCUGGGAACUGUAAGAGUCUGCGCUGGAGAGUUGUGCAGCAGGUUGGUGGCGGCAAGGUCCUGGCAGGGGAGGGACCGCCCAUCAUGGUUCUCCAGAAGGGCUAUGAGUGCGAGGACUGUGGGAAGGUGUUCAGCUGCAGCUCGCACUACAGCAAGCACCGACGGACGCACACGGGCGAGCGCCCCUUCCGUUGUGGAGACUGCGGCAAGAGCUUCAAUGUCAGCUCCAACCUUUACAGGCACCAGCGGGCGCACGCCAAUGCUGGUACCAACUCUGUGGCCCCCACUCCCUCCCUGAUGCCAAGCCGUGGCUUGCCCUAUCAGUGUGCCGAAUGUGGCCGGUGCUUCCGCCGCAACACCGAACUGGUGACUCACCAGCGCCUCCACACGGGCCGCCUGCCCUUCCAGUGCAGCGACUGUGGCAAGAGCUUCUCCUGGAGUUCACACUUUGCUCGGCACUUGCGGAUCCACACCGGCGAGAAGCCUUACCCGUGCAACGAAUGCGGCAAGCGCUUUAGCCGCAGUUCCCAUCUCUACCGGCACCAGCGUACUCACGGGACCAAUGCAGCGGCCAACGUCACCCGUGCAUACAUCUGCACCUACUGCGGCCGCAGCUUCAGCACCACAUUGCACUUUGAUGAACACCAGCGCACCCACCGUGGCCGGAAACCCUACAAGUGCACCCUCUGUGGCAAAGCCUUUGCCGAUGGGCUGGCUUUGGUGAAGCACCAGCGCUUGCAUUUGAUUGGGGGGGAUCAGAGUCACCAGUGCUCGGAGUGCGGGCAAAGCUUCGGGGGGCGCUCGCAGCUGGCCCGCCACCGCCGACUCCACGGUACGGCUGACAAGCCCUACGGCUGUGGGGAGUGUGGCCAGAGCUUUAGCGCCCGCAGCCAGCUGGCUCAGCAUCGGCGGCUCCACAUCUCUGCGGACAAGCCGUACCACUGUGGCGAAUGUGGGCUGAGCUUCACCUGGAGCUCCCAUUGGGAGCGACACCAGCGCAUUCAUACCGGCGAGAGGCCCUACUCCUGCGGGGACUGCGGCAAGCGUUUUGGGCGGACCUCCCACCUUUACCGGCACCAACGCACUCACGCUGGAGGUCAGCCUCAUGUCUGCCCAGACUGUGGCAAGAGCUUCAACAGCACCUUGCAUUUCCAGCGCCACCAGCACACGCACCACCUCGAUCCAGACAAUGCCCCGCUCCCUGCCCACGCCUGUGGGGACUGUGGCAUGCCCUGUGCUGAUGCCUCUGCUUUACUCAGACACCAGUGUGUGCAGGCAGGGGAGGGGCUCUAUCCUUGUCCCCAGUGUGGGUGCCGGUUCCGUAGCACCUCACACUUUUACUGGCAUCUGCAAAGCCAUGCCCACCAAGUAGGGGAGACUGUGCUCGUACCAGCUUCCACGCAGUGUAAGGAAAACAAACCAUGCUAAGCAAUUGGGCA